AUGGCGGCGCUGCUGGAGGCGGAGGCGGAGGCGGAGGCGGAGGGGUGGCGGCGGCUGAUCCGCGCCGUGACCCGCCUGCAGGCCUGCGUCAGGGGUUACCUGCUGCGGAAGCGCUUUCGGAGCCUGCGGGCGGAGUACGAGGAGGUGGUGCGGGAGAUCGAAGGAGACCUGAGCCGGCUGCAGUGGAGGGGCCGGUUCCUGCCGCGGCCUGUGUUUCUCCCCGAGCAGCCAGCCCAAGAGGAGUGUUCAGGUCCCUCUGAGGCUGCACUGGGCGACAGAGCCAGCACAGAAAAAGCACAGGAGGAGCUGCACACCACCGAACCGGAGCAGGACCAGGGCUGCAGUGAUGUGGAACCUUCAGCCCAGCUGCAAAAGCAGAAAGAGCUGAGCUCUGGGGGUGAAGGCCAUGCAGUGAGCCCCCCAAACCUUGGGGCUGAUGCUGAUAAAGGCACUGAAAAGGGGCCCAGUGCCCCAGCAGAGAAGCAGGACUGGCAGGAGGACAGCAGCGUAUCCUCCGUGUGGGACAGCACUGCCCUGGAGCCAGAGUCCCUCGAAGACUGCCUGGAGAUUCCCCUGGAGGACAUCCAGGAGCUUCCCCGGACUCGCUCUGGGCUCCAGGCCUACAGGAACCAUCUGCUCAUGGAGCUGCUGUGGUUGCAGCAGGCUAUUGCCAGCAGAGAGAAUUACUUGAUGCUGAAACAGAAGCUGGGCACUCCUGACCCCUAGGAGGACAUUCCCAGCCUGUGGGGCACUCUUACUGGUGUGGAGCAGCAGUGCCACAGUCAUGGCAGCAGCACCUGGAGAGCAGCACCUCAGAGGGAUCCAGCUCCAGGGGCUGAUGUUUGCCACAUCCACCUGCAGUGGCAGGAAGCCUUUUCUUGCUCUUCAGUGCAAAUGGUUGGUCAAAGCCAGGGGUUAAACAGCACUGUGAAGCCAGGGAGGUGGUUUUGUGUCCUGGAGGGAGUCCCACUGAGGCCUCCUUCCACAGGAGUCUGAUCUCUGGUGGCUGAGCUGGAUGGUCCCAGGGGCACGUGGAGGCUGGGCAGGCUGUCACUUACAGAAGGGACUUCAGCUGAUUGCUUGGACCUGAAAUGCCUGAAGGCAGCAGGGACUUUGAGCCUGCAGGAACAAGCUCCUCCCUGCUGAGCUGGGGGUGGCACACAGGGGUGUCUGAGCUCUGUGUUUGGGGUGGCUCUGCAGGAUCUGGGA